AUGGAGCAACUCCUCGCGACCUUCAAGACAACGAUCAAGGCGGGUCAGGCGAUGAAGCUGUUCUUGGCAAAGAAAGAGGCGCGACGUACCUGGGUCGAGCACUACCUCUACAUGGUCGCGGUGAGCGACGCGCGUGGCGGAGCGGAUUCACUCGUCCUCGACAAAAUCGUUCAUCACGCGUCGCCGGAAUUGAUGAACGUGAUGAGAGCGAAGUACGACCCUUGUCGGGUCGACUACAUGCGUCAUGCAGAGGAACUUUCGCACUUUGCGCAGUCCAUCGAGCUCGUUAGCGGCGCAGUAGGCCGCGAGGUCACUGCUGCACACGUCGACACGACGAAAGAUACGCGCACAUGCUACCACUGUGGAAAAGUAGGGCAUGUGCAGCGCUUCUGCCCAUCGGAGGGAACCGGUGGCGGCGAGAAGCCAAGCGGCGAUGCUGGGAGCGGCGACAUGCUGCUCGCAUUGACCGAGACGAAGAUAGGUGGUGCUGAGAGUGGAAAUGGGCCGCUUGCGUUGACAAAGAGGCAUGCGCGCGCAAAAAAGUGGCGCCGCGGUAGAAAGAAGACCGAGCUCGUCUUAGCGGUCAAUGGCGCGAACGCGGGUGAUCGUAACGACUGGAUCCUCGACAGCGGCGCGAGUCGCCACUUCGUGAGCUACUCACAGCUGCUUGUUGACUCGAAAUUGUGCAGCGAUGAGAUCGCCAUGGCAUACGGCGAGUCGCUGCGACUGACGAGAUGCGACAGUGUGCAACUGCAAGUGCUGGCAGGCGGCGUCGAGAAGACUGUGCUUCUCACGGAAGUCUACCUGGCUCCAUGUCUGGCGAAGAGCAUCGUGUCAUACGUCAAGUUGAAGCAGAAAGGUUUGCGCUCGCCUAUGACGGAGAACGGCGCACUCUAA